AACGACGGGCCUCGAUCAGAGGGCUUUGACUUAGUGAAUUGUACCCCCUAUAAAAGGGGUGGCACCCCUCAUUGUAAUGGAUCCGAAUUUGAAUCAAUAUACUCCAACUUUGCAUUCUCUCUCUCUCUAAAACUUAUAUUAUUUCAUACUCUCGGUGGUUUAUAGCCAUCAAAUUGGUGCUUUCAUUGAGAGGAGAGGAACAUACUCGUAGGUUAACUCCCGAACGCGAGAAUGGUGCAAACAAGGAGCAACGUCCCCACCACCUGCCACGUCGUUGGCGAGGAGAAUGCGCCGGGCAGCGGAAACGGUACGGGCGGCAUCGGCUCGACUCCGGACGCGGUCCAGGCGCUGUUCGGCUUGGGGGUGACCGCGGAGCAGCUCCAGGCAGCCGUUGCGGCACUUUCCGCCAUGGGUGGGAACGUGCCCGGCGCCGGAGUUGGCAAAGCUCCGCCCGGUCUCCAUGCCGAACACGUUGCCACUUCCCAACACAAGGGGAAGAAGACCCGGAGGAGUAGAAGGAGGCCCGGCAAAGCCCAGGUGCGCUUAGGAGGUGAAGAGACCCGGGUGUCGGCCUUCGACAAGCUCGAUCGCGGGCCGGAAGGUCACCCGGGCGACCUCCGUCGACAAAUAACCGAAGGCAGGCAGAGGCAUGCAGAGGAGUCCGCGACGUCGGAUGCGCGCUCGGCGAGGCCCGAGCGGAGCGAAGAAAGGCGGGACGGGCGCACCCAGCGUCGCCAUAGUUCAACAAGAACUGAGAAGACAAAGGUCUUUGACCAAGGGGUAUCUCGGCUCGCUCGUGAGAUUGCCGAGCUCAAGCGCCGAGUGGAGACCAGGGCUCCCUACAGCCAGCCCAUCUUGCGGACGGUAACCCCGUUCACUCCGAGGGUAAUGUCGGUUCUGCUGCCGGCAAGCUUCCAGCCGUGGCAGAUCAAGGCCUACAACGGAACGACGGACCCCCAAAAUCAUUUGUCUAAGUUCUAUGCUUCUAUGGAAGCGGCGGCGGCCCCGGACGAGGAGAAGGAAGCCAGAGACGUGCACGGGGCGGAUGACCAAUCUUUGGUGGCCACGUUCCAAGCAGCCCUUCCCCGCGGUGAGGUGAGGAAGGAGCUCCACAAGAAUCCUCCCCCCACGUACCAAGAAACCUUGGCGCGCGCUAAGUUCUUGGCCUCGGAGGAAUUCGAUGAUGCCCCCGACUCCGAGGCCGCGCCGGCCAAGCGAGCCCCCGCAGAUUCAGAGGAGAUAGCGAAGAAGAGGAAGAAGAAGAAAGACUACACUGUGGGCCUGAGGACGCCCUCGGCGGGUGUGUACUCCGUGGGUGCGUCCGUAGGGACGGGUCGAGAGCUGGCCCUCUCCCCGCUCCUGCACGUAGAGACCUAUGCGGUGUCCAGCGGCGCCAAGUAUUGCGAGUAUCAUCGCAACAACACUCAUAACACUAAGGAAUGCUUCACUCUUCAGAAGGAGAUGCAGCGACUCAUCGCCCGAGGGCCGGCUCCGCGAGACGAUGGAGCAGCCCCUUCCCGGAGCCCACCGGAAGGGAGAACGUGGAGGAAGCCAACUGAGCUGGUCGCGGUGGCCACGCAAAAGUGGAAGCACAUGGCCUUCGUCGCCAAGGUCCAACAGGCGCCGGCGCCCAAGCUCGGAAGACGAGAGCAAAUCCAAUUCACGGAGAAGGAUCUUCCGAACACACCGAGCCCCCACCGGGAUGCCUUAGUCGUGAGGAUAAAAAUAAACAACGCCAUAGUGCAUCGCACCUUGGUGGACACAGGAAGCUCGGUCAACAUAAUGUAUGAGAAGACCUUUCAAGACCUCGGCUUGGAUCGCAAGGACUUAAGGCCCGUGCGCACUCCUCUCUCCGGGUUCACGGGGGACUCCAUCAAGGCCGAAGGAGUCAUCACUGUGCCCGUGAUAGUAGGGGAUGGUGCGCACAAGGCCAAGUUGAAGAUGGAGUUCAUGGUUGUGAGCAUCAGCUGCACGCACAACAUGAUCCUAGGACGACCCGGCCUCGAGGACUUGGAAUGUGUGAUCUCCCCAUACUACUUGUGCAUGAAGUUCCCCACUCCUUCGGGAAUCGGGGUAACGAGGGGAGACCAAAAGUUAGCUCGAUCGUGCUAUGUCCGAAUCACAAAGAAGUUGUCGAGGGAUGAGAAUUGGUCGUGCACGCACAAGAAGAAAUGCGGAAGCUGGAAGCACGACCGAAGGCCGAGCCCGCUGAGGAGGUCAAGGAGGUGCUGCUCGACCCUCGAGCACCCGAGCAGAAGGAGCCCGAACGCGCCCUCGUGCAUGUCCAAGUGGGCGGUGUUCCUUGGAGCUUUCCAGAUCGAAUUCAGGCCAAGGGCAGCGAUCAAGGGCCAAGCGCUAGCUGACUUCGUGGUAGAGUGCACCGCUUGGGAGGAGCCGAGCCCGGAAGAGCCGGAAGCCGAUGACUGGUGGAUAGUUUCUCAUAGUAUCCACCGCCGCCGAAAACUCGGGGGUGGAGUGGCGAAUGACGAAAGAAUGAAGAAGUACAAAGAUACCGCUCUAGAGUUACUUAAGAGUUUCACCGCGUAUAGUGUGGAGCAGAUCCCUCGGGCGGAGAAUGCCGAGGCGGAUAUCUUGUCGAAGCUGAGCUCGGACACGCCUGAGCACAUCAGGAGAAUGGCGAACGUGGAAGAGCUGUCCGAGCCGAGCAUCCAUGCUUCCCCUGUGGCAAUGAUCUGUGCUCGACCAAGAGAUUGGAUGGACGACAUAGUCGCCUUCUUGAAGGACGGUGCUCCUCCUCGGAAGGAAGGCCGAGCGUAGACCAUACCUGGAUGUUCUUCCCGGAUGGAGGUCGAACACUCGCGCUCGGCACUCCUCAUAGGAAGGAAGGCCGAGCGCAGACCAUACCUGGAUGUUCUUCCCGG